UAUUUAUUAAGUCUUUUACUUCACUACGAGAAUUUUUACUUCGUUUUUUUAGCCAAAACCUUGUUGUAGAUUUCAAAAUGAUGAAACUACAAAUUUGUAACGAUCAGGACAGGAAAGAAGCCCAGAACAGAGAAAGAAGGAGACAAUGUGAGUUGGAGAGAAGAUCGAGAAUCUUUAACGCGAGGAACCGAAAAAUUGGUGUUGACGUGCCAUUCCUGGAACGACAGAUAGCUGAGAAGCGAAGCGAGCGAGAUGAACAGGAACGAAAGGAUUUGGCCUUCGCGAAACAAAUGAUUAAGGACAGCAACCUGGCGGUUGUACUUGAGGGGAGGGAAAUGGAGGAGCGACGUCGUAUCAACGUGGAGAUAGACGAGUUCCGGCAGAAGUUUCAACGUCCAGAGGAUCGGCGAGAGUUCGACCGGAACAAUCCUGAAUCGCUGAAAGUUCAGCUCCCGCCCAGAGCAACAGAUGGUGAGCCUGUGGGGAUGUCCAGCGCUCAGAAAUUUGAAGGCGAGGAUCUAGAGUAUGAAGAGCGGAAGAAGAUAAUGGCACAGCAGAAGAACGCGUGGUUGGAGCAGCAGGUCCAGGAGAGGAAGUCGGCCCAGGAGGAACGGAAGAAAGCAGAAGCUGCAUACAUGAUGGCAAUACGGGCCCGCGAUGCUCGCGCUGGUGAACUCGACAAGAUGGAGAGGGAAUGCCGCUACCGACUGGGACAGGCCAAUCUGAGAUACAAUGAAGCUUUGGCAGCAGAGAAGAAACAAUUGGAGUCUAUAAUGAAAGAACAAGAGGAAGCAGACAACACGGCAGAAAUGUACAACAAUCUUACCUCGGAUAUGCUGACGGAGAAUCCUGAUGUGGCUAAGAGCGCCCUGGGUAAAAAUAGGGCGAUAGGUUUCAUGUACAAAGGUAUGAACCAGGAAGAACUAAAGAAAUUCUAUGCGGCACAAAAGGAACAAAUGAUUGCAGCAAAGGAAAAGCGUGAAAUGGAACAGAAGAUGGAUGCGGAAUGGCAGGCCUUGUCCAAGUCCAUUCAGAGGGAGGUGGCUCGCCAAGACAUUGCGGAUGGUAGGAAACGAAGGGAAAUGGCGCGUCAACUGAUGGAGGAGAAUCAACUUCUGGCGCUCCAGCAGAAGGAGAAAGAGAAAUAUUUCAAAGAGGUCGUCUACAAUAACACCCCCACUGACGAUUAUUAUUCACAGUUCAAUACUACCACCAGAUAAACUUGUACCAAAUGUCAGCACACUUUUUUCUCAUGGCAUUUAAUGACGUUCUAUACAUAUAGCUAGACAAAUCACGUAUAAAAAAAGCCGAAAUAUGGAACAUGCUACUAAUUACACCAUAAUAAACUUGGACUGCUAUAUCUACACAUUGUCGCAUUUACUCCAGUCAAAGAGGAUGUAAAUACUACGUUAUAAGAGGAAGGACUGCCUAAGUAAAUUUAGUUUAGUAUGAAACGUGCAGUCAUUUGACAUGAGUUUGAAAUAGUAGUAAUUACAGAACGGCGAUUGGCGACGAAGCAUAAUCCGAUUAAGUUUGAAAGCGAAUAGCUGCUGAAAACGUGGUGGAUUGCGGCUAUCUCGGUUUUUUAAAAGAUUAUAGCCGUCAUCUGUCAAUCUAUCAAUGACUGCACCUUUCAUACAAUCGAGUGAAUCACUUUUUUUAGAGAGUUUCGCUAGGCUGACUCCAGUUGUUAAAAUAUUCUUAGUCAAUAAGCACAUUUGAUUCAGACAGUGACAGUUGACACACGACUAAGAAGAAAAGUGUUCUUACAUUGUCUAUAAGUACACUUAUGCCGCUCCGUUAUCAGACUGCGAAUGAUAUGUCCUUAGAGUAUAGAACGUCAUUGAUGGCAAUAUUUAUUUUAAAUUUAAGCCGUCUACACAUUAUAACAUAAUUAUUAAAUUGUCUACUAUAAUGAGUUACUUAUUAUGCUUUUUGAUAAUUGAGUAGUCUUACCAUAUUUUGCUAAUAAAACUCCAAUAGACGUAGUUUGGUCAAUAUUUCAAUAAAUUAUUUUUGUGA